AUGGUAGUGGGCAGAGGGUCCACGAGAAUAAAUGGUGUUGAUGACACAACCUUGAUCACAAUUUUCAAGAUGUUCAGAGCCAAAAUUUCCUGCUUUCGGGAGGAGGAACACAUAGAUCCAUCAAUCUCCAUCACUGCCAGCCCAAAUUCUCUUUGCUUUGAGAAAGAGAGUCGGUAUAUGAUGAAGUACGACAAUGGUGGUCAAUCUUUUGACAAAAAAGCUCAAUUAAAGCAAAAAAAAGGUUUCAUCAACCACCUAGACCUUCAUGAAUGCCCAUCUCAUUCUCACUUCUACGGUCAACUUGGAAGAAAAAGAAAGAGGCAGAAAAUUCAGUGA